UCAUGCUUACCAUACCUAACUCAGUCGGUUUGAUUUCUACAGGCAUUAGAUGCAAAAAUUCGACUGUUAUUGUUCUGGUUUUUAUUUUUGUGUAAUUGUUUUUGCAGAAUAUCUUUCACGAUUAAUAUAAUUACAAAUUUUGCGAUUUAUCAUAUCGUUAUUAUUAUUUUGUGAAAGUUUAGGAUUAGCAGUAAAAUGCCAGAAUUAACCGAAAUUGACUCUAACAAAAAGGUAAGUUUUGAAGAUCCAAAAAAAAAUGCUGAUAGUGACAGUGAUUCCAGUUGUGCUGAUGCAGCUGCAAACAAAGGAACUGAAAGUGGAAGCGGUGCAGUAUCUGAAGACCUUUCUAACAAAGCUAGACAAUCUAGAGGUGAAAAGAAGGCUAGAAAAAUCAUUUCAAAGUUGGGUCUUAAACAGAUUCAUGGAGUGAACAGAGUAACAAUACGAAAAUCUAAAAAUAUUCUGUUUGUUAUCAAUAACCCUGAUGUCUUUAAGAAUCCUGCUUCUGAUACAUAUAUAGUAUUUGGAGAAGCCAAAAUUGAAGAUCUUAGUCAACAAGCCCAGGUUGCAGCUGCUGAAAAGUUUAAGUCAGCAGAUAUGAUGCCUAGUGUUUUGGACAAAGAUGGAGCUUCAAGGCCAAUGGUAAGUCAACCUAUUCAAGAAGAAGAAGAAGAAGAGGGUGAAAUUGACUACAAAGGUGUUGAAGAGAAAGAUGUAGACCUUGUAUGUGCACAAGCGCAAGUAACGAAACGUAAAGCUAUUGAAGCACUGCUUAAGAAUAACAACGAUAUAGUGAAUGCAAUUAUGGAUUUGACUAUGUAAAACUAAGAUGUAUUAAUUAACACUGCAAAAAAGAUAAAUCAUUGUUUACUUAUAGACUGAUGUUCAGUUCAAAAAAAAAAUUAACAGUUGGAUACAAAAAAUAUACUAUAAAUGGUUACUUCUUAA